GAAAUUGUGCAGGACUCAUCUGCAGAGCUUCCCAGUCACAGACCAGUGUUUCAUGGGAGCAACAAACAGUGGAGGUCAGGAGUCUUCCUUUCAGAUUAGGAGAAAAGGGUCUUGGGAAAGGAACAAUCCCGGGAAACGUCAUUGGGUGGCAGCAGAGUAUUUACCACUUGCCAUGGCAUCCCAGCAAAAUAAAGCCAGAAAGAACUGCAGUUCUGCAUGUUUGUGAUAGAGGCCUGUGGCCAGGAGUGUGGGUCCGGUGUCCAGUUCCCAUAGGAGAUAUUGAAGAUGGCAAAGGGGUUGCACUUCAUUUUCAGCUCCAGGGAUUUUAUCCUUCUCUUGGACAUCACUGGAAUACAGAGGUACAGAGUGCUGAAAAAUGGCCUGAAGCCUACCAGCAACGUGUGUAACUUUACCUUGCCUGGUGCAUGUGCAGGAUUUAAUGGUGUUUGUUUAAAGUGACUCCGUAAAAAGUUGUGGCAAAGACUGAGAGCACAGAGGAAAAAGGUCACACUCAGAAAGUAGACAGUUAAUUAAAAUCCAGGCUGCUGCAUUGCAGCACCACAUUGUGGGUGUUUGUACAGAGGGAUAGCUCAAGAGGUGUGUGUGUUAAAAUUUAUCACUGUUUUUGGUGACUUGUGAGAAGUCAGUCUUGAGAGCUGGGGUGAUUGAUUAGGUUUGAAGAGAAAGUCCUUGUAUACUUAUGGUGGUUCUCAGAAUUACAACAUGGCUUGUUUAUCUAGGGAGCCAACGGAAGACCUUGGGCUUCUUAUCUUCCCACAGAUAAACACUGGUAAAGGGUCUUGAGUUGUAAUAAAUGCAGAUGAUUUAAUUAAAUAUAAUCUAACUACUCACUGAGUACCUCUGAGUACAUCUCAUUAAGUACCUCUGUCAAAACACCUGAUUUAGGGGAAAAAAUAUAAAGGGACAGGAAAAAUUCCAUCAGUAACAAGCAAAUGUAGCCAUAAAGUGCAACUCAUACAGUAAAGUCCAAGCAAGCAAACUCAGUGAAAUAUUCUUGUGUGUGCAGUUCAUAGUCCACUCAGAUAUUUUCCAGACUAUCAUCUGCAUCAGAAAUUUGCUGGACAAAUAACUCUGAUUCUCUCCGGUAGCUUCUUGGUAUGCCUGAGGUGGAAUUCCAAAAGAGGAAUAGCUGGCAAGUUGUGUUUUGUUUUUACCUUCACCAAAGCCUGUUUGAAUUACAGGGAUCAUAGUGCAUCUCUGUUUGUUGGAACCUGCACUCAUUUAUUUUAAGAAAGUUAAUUUCUUGGGGAUCAAAAAAAACCCACAUGGGGAGGAGCUAUCCUGUUGUGGGAAAGUUCUUAUCUGCUUCAUUGCAGUAAUUGAAAAUGGCUUUUUAAAUAGUGUAAAGAAAUUAACUUAUGAAUAAGACCCAAAUUUCUUGGGGGGGGGGGAAAAAAAAAAAGCAAAUAUGAGAAAUAUUUUACAAUAUCUUUGUCCAGCUUUUUGCCCCUGGAGGAGGAAGUGAGAUAUUGAGAAAGCAGCACAUGUGACAGAUGCUGCUCAAGAUGCUCAACACAUUACUUAAAGAUGCUCUGUGACCAUCAUGUUGUGAGUACUGAAAGAAUGUGACUGUGAUGGAACAGUCCACAUUUACUGUAACCACAUCUGUAGCCUCACCACUCUCACAUGAUGGCCAACAAAUUCCUGCCAGUUUCUGGAGGAAUUCCUAAACACAUCUGGGCAGUGCAAAGCAGCACUGGCUUGGGGAGCCCUAUGGUUACCUCCAAGUGAGCUGGCGUGUCUGUAGCAGUUUGCCACACAGGGACAGCAGCCUCGGUGCCAGAAACAGUAAAGCUCUGUUACUGCCAUACAUAGUUAAUUAGCUCGGGUGUCACAGCAAACAAACACGGCUAUAUUGCUCCUGGUUCUGCAGCAAAGUUAAUUGAGACUGGCUUGGGGAUCUUUGCCCCAAUGUGUGGUGCAGACAUACCCAGGAAUGCACUGCUAUUCUUGACUGAAUACUGUAUUUUCACAUAAAUGUGGCAGGAAUAUAAUUGCAGGGUGGAAAGAGAGGGCCAGUAUACAUUCACUUCACUUUAGAAACCAAAUUAAACCUUUGACUUAACUCACUUCUAUACCAGCUCCCUGCAGGCAUUUGUACUGGCUUCGUUAGAGCCAACCUAGAGGCCAUGGAAAAGGUCUUACAAAAGACUAGCCAGGAAGCCAGUCACAGACCCAGAUCCUGCUGCUACAGAACACAAUCUGUCUCUUGGCACCUCAGGCUUGCAGCUGCCAGGCACUCUCCUUAUGUGGUCACUGGUGUUGGCUCGGAGGCUGGGGCAGAUAGAUGAGGAGGGCUGAAGGGGAAGCACAUUCAUCACUGCCAGCAGCGAGUGGGGGCAGUGCCAAGUCACUAUGUAACCAGGCCCAUGUGCCAAUUUGCUCAGUAAUUGGAUUGCUAUUUGAAAAAUUAAAGUGGUGUCUAGAAAAUUCUAACCUCUGCAUUUAUGAAGUAUGAAGUUUGCGACUGAGAGGCUGAACAGGAAGAGUGGCGGGGAUCAAGCAGAGGUGUUUAAGGAGAGCAAAUGUAGGAAGUAAUUUGAUGACUUUCCAAAGUAUUACAACAGCUUCAGAAGCAGCCUGUCUGUACCAGAGAGACAAAGAGCAAGACACAGUGCGGUGGAAAGCUGUGACGUUAUGGACAAGCCGUAACCCAUUGCUGACUAUGGAAAAUCAGUGAGGACUUGUCAGCUGAAAGCGAUUUUUGUAAAGACAACAUCGUUGGAAGGCAAGGCUUGAUACACUUCUGUAACUGAUUUUUCCUUAAGAUGAAAAAAGUUCUUAAAGGGGAUUAUUUUAUAUUUUCAGGGUUUUCUCAGAGCCUGUGAAUUGUUGGUUCUGUCUACUGUAUACCUUGCUCUCAAUUAUGUUUGGGGAACAAAUACCAUUAAUCAUAAAUGAUACUGAAUUUUCCAGCUACAGGGAGAAUUUGUGAUUCAGAAAUAUACCUCUGCCAUGAAUUAUUUGUGCUCUCAUUGCACUCAAAUUCAGACUUUGCUUUGACUCCAGCAGAAGCACAAUUACAUCCAAAAAUAUAGUUACACAAGUAGUCCUUCAGGCAUUUCAGUAUUCUUUUUAGUUGAGCUCACUGGCCACCCUUAUUUAGUUGAAAACCUUGAGCAUAUGGGGAUGAUGGAUUAUAAAUUGUUCCUAAGAUAAUAUUUGUUGUUUAAAGUAUAGUCCAGUUGCUAGUAGGUGUAUAAAAGUGGUACCUGUGUUCUUCAUCACUGUUAAGUGGAAACUCAAGCUGGAAACUCUGUAUUUAAAAUAAUAAAAAAGUAAAAAUCUAUGGACUCAUACUGAAGAAGACCUAUUUGGAACCUCUGUGAAAUGUCUGAUUAUUUCUCAUCCACUCAGGCCUGGUACAAUGAGGUUAACGCAUGUCAAAGCAAAGGCUAAGGAAACUUUGAGUCACAUUUCUGCCCCUAGAUGGAGUAUUCUGCACACUGGGUUGGUUUUUUUUUUUAUAUAUAUUGGGAGAAUGGAGCUGUGUUAGAAGACUUGAAAUGCCUCUUGUUCUGAAUUCCCUUUACAGUGUAUCAAGUGCUGCCUGUUGGGACUAGAUUAACUGGGUCCCAGAGACCAUUUAGAAGUGAAAAAUCAAAAUAAGGUUUAUUGUAUAAUUGAUUGAACACUAUAAAGGCCACUGCACUUUCUUAGCAUCUCUUAUUUGUUGGUGAUAGAUAUGUGUGUUAAAAUGCAAGAAGCCUCUGCUUUACAAAGUGUCACUAAUUACUAUGAAACAUCUGAUAUUUGCAGCUUGCAGUGCUGGAUGUUUAUGUGAUUUUCAUGGUAUUGCCUUCUAUGAGUAUGCUGUGAAUGCCAUGGUAACCUUAGCUGCUUGUAAAACAUUUUAAUAGUGACCACUGUAAUAUAGUGGUUGUGUGCAAACAGCACGCACCACUGCUUCGGAGGUGUUUGGAACACUUUGUUUUGGUCAGAAUUGGAGUAAAAUGUUGCCAGACUUCAAGAACUGAAUCCUAAACUUGCCAAACAGGGAGCUAAAAGUAAGGUCUCCUGUUCUCCAGCUCCAGUCUUUGAUCAUCUCUGAAGUUUCUUUGAUACAUUUCUGCCCAGCACUCACAUGCUUAGUGAACCAUGGCUCCAGAAAGCUCAGAGUUGCUUGGGGAAAGCACUUGGCUGCAGGCACUGAUUUUGAAGGGGGUGGGUGUAAGAUUAGAAGCCAUCUUUUGAAAAACCUCGCUUGUUUUGUGUGUGAGUGAGAAUUCAUCUGCAGGCUCCAAGCUCAGGUAUGUUCUCAUUUGGGUUUCUGGUUUACCCACUCUUAACAGGAGGGACCAGCUGUAAAGUUUGUCCCUGGGAGCUGAAUUCCUGCAGAAUCCAGGAUUUUCAUUUGGACCUUUUUAGAUAUGAUGUAAAUGCCAGCAGCUUCCUAACAACUGUUCUUGAAGCUCAGAGAAGAAUUUAGAGUAGACCCUUGUUAGUUAGGGAAUUGCACAAGAUAUCCCUUCUCAGAAGGGAAAGAGAAGGCCCAACAAAACCUAAACCAUCUGACUGGAGUCCUGAGAAAUGCUUUCCAGUUUUCAAAGAAAGAAAGGGUCUUAAUUCAGAUUUGCCAGAAUUGUCUAAUUAGUCCCUUUAAUGCUAUGCACCUUAUAGUCUGUGCCACCGGAUUCGUCCUAUAAAUGAGAUGAUGGGCUAAUUCAUCUUGGCAGCAGUAAACAGACCUUGUGAUUGUCCUCCUUACAAACACCGGCCUGAUUUUAGGAAAACGCUUUGACCAAGCCUGUGUCCCUGCUCCCUCCCCCGCGAUGCCCCCUCUUUUUCUGAGUGCUGCCUGUGCUUCUUGCCCUCCUUCUUCCCCAGCACCCCAGCCCAGCUCGUCUCACACACAGUGACAUACCUCACACAUUUGCCACUGCUAACAACAACCUGUCAACUCUUUCUUUCACCGUGCUAGGCGCCUUUUGUUUCUGCAGCCCAGCAAGCCUUGCAGCUGUUGUCCAAGGCCUGCUACGACAGCCUGUGAUCAGUCAGCUGCAAAAUCCUCCCUGAACAACUCGGUAUUCACAGCUCUAAUCGGGCCAGCGGACUGUUUCCUCCUCUCUCGCAGUAAAUCUUUAUCACUUGCGCUCUGCUCGUCAGUUCAUGGCGCCAGCUCUUUGGGCUGGCUGCUCGAUCCCUUUCCCAUAAUCUGCUAGGCUGUGUGCUCUGAAUGCUAACUCCAGCCUUGUUUAGACUUGGGGCUGCUUCAGUGCUGCAAUCCACAUGUUGGGAAGGUCUGAGUUCCAGCUCCCCCCACCUCUCAGUUUUUAAUGUGCAUUAGGUUUGUAUCACUCCAAAGGUGAAGCUAUCGAAGGCUCCCUCCCUCUUUGCCCUCCCUCAGCCUGUUUCAUACUUUGUCCAUAUAAGUUAGUUGUGUGAUUAUCUUUCUGUUUCCUCCCAGCAGACUGUCGUGCUUCUGUUUAAGAGCUGUCUUUGGGGAGGAGAUGAGGGUGAGCUGCCCAGCCUGGGGAGGCUGCUGAUUGCAAGGGAAAGCCUGGGGGAACUGGCACAAACCUUAAUUUGAUCGCAUGCCCAGGGCUAUUAACCCUCCUCCUAAUGGUCCCCCCACAGAGGAAUCGGAAACAGGCUUUCCCCCAUCCUGUUCCUUACUUGAUGCCAUCACAGUCUUUUAAAAGAUUUACAUCAAAGAUGUUGAAUUGUGAAGCAGAUUUCUAGGGAAAAAAAGAGGAUCAGCAUUUGCUUCCUUAGUAUCCUCAGCUGAGCUGAGGAAAGUCCUUGGAGAGUUAGGGUGGAGGUUUCUGUCAACGUGGAGUUCCUAAGGAUUUAUUCUGGUGGAGCUGAAAACACAACUUUAUCUGUGCCUGUUGCCUCUUUACAGGAUACAGCGUGUAAACUACUUCUGCCUCCUUUGGGAAAACAUUGUGGGUUUUAUUUCCCUGUAUUUGGGCCUGGGAUUGUAGAUGAUAGUCUAGUUAAACCUCAGGUAAACAUCACAUUUUGUAAGGAGACUCAGCUAGCUCUUAGGUAAAGCUUGCUGGAGACCAUUUCUGAAAAAUAUUAAUUAUUUGGGAGGGUUAUCAGUUUAUAAGGAACCUGGGAAACUUUUGUCUGAGCACUUGCAUGAGGGACAAAAACUGAUGGGUUUUUAUCUUCUCUCUGAAACUGAGUCCAUCUUUGGCACUGGAAAACCCAUUUAUCUUUCUUCAUCAGUUUUCCCCACCUUCUUUGUUUUAGCUGUUCCAGGUGUGUGCAUAUGCAUGUGUAAGCAGGAGUGAAAAUUAACCAAAUACAGGAAGUCCUUCAAGAAAACAACAUGAACUGGCUUUAAAAAUGUUUCUCUUAGCUUUAUGAGGCAGCUGUAAAUUAGAUGCCCCUUGGAAAAUCUGUGUUCAUUUCUAUUCAGCCUUUCCAUGCCUCAGUUUCUCAUCAGUACACUAUUUGCUUGGUUAAAGAGAAGCCUGUGGUUAUGGGAUUCUUACAGUUUUGACAUUGGUGGUCAGUUUGAGUCUGUAGAGAGGUGCCAUCCUUGUAGGGCUCUGUUGGCUCCCACUGGUGCUUCCAGAUGGGACAUGUUUUGUCUCUGUGUAAACAAACAGACCUGUAAACACCCUUUAGGCUUUAUUUGGGUAAAAGACUCAGAUUUUGCUGGUAUUUGCUAUCAGUGUGUGUUAUUUGGUGGAACUGAAUGUGUGUGAACAGGAUCUGAAUAUUGCCUCUAUUUUUGUAGGCUGUCUCCAGGGGCAGCAGUAGAAAUCUUCACUAGCAUGGAGUGUCCUACAAAUAAGCUGAUUGUACCAGUUCAUAGAAUGGAAUCAUAAAGUAGUUUGCAAGGGACUUUUAAAGCCAUUUUUUCUGUUGAAUAGGAAGCUACUGGACAUAUUUAUUUUGUGAUAUGAUUAACUUCUAUUUUGUGACACAAUGGCGCUCCACCAUGCUUGGGGAGAGUGGGAUGGGCAAUCCACUUGCUGUCCCUUGCACAAAAAGCAGUGGAUUUCGAAUUUUUCCGAAAGAAGUUGAUAUCCUUUAACGUCCUUGUAUAUCCUAAUUUUUUAUUUAUUUGUUUACUUUUCAGAAAACCCAUUGGUAGCUAGAAUUUACAUGUUGCCUGAUAAGGUGGAAGGAAAUAUUUUGGCUUAAACUACAACGUAAGAUUCUGGGAGUCUGAAUUGAAAGUGAAUGGAACAAGGAGAGAAGAUUUUCUCAAAAUUAUUAUUAUUUUUUUUUUUAAUGAAAGCAACUCAAAACACAAAAUGCAAACAGUGUUUUGAGUCUCUUCAUGCAGAAGUAAGCAAGGAUGUGCACAGCUUGUCUCAGCUUUCCAUAGUCGGUUGCCACUGUCCUCAUGUCCUGGUUCUCCUCAUCUGCUGAUGUUUGUGCCCUGAAGUGAGGGGUUAUUUUGAAGGCUGCAGCUGGUGCUCACCUGGAGCUUUGUAGCAUAGGGGAAGACUCACAGGAGGCAAAUAUUCCUAAUGGGGGAAUAUGUUGCUGUUUUGAGAGGGGGAAAAAAAAACCUCCUCCAGUGUUGUUUCCUGCAAAGACCAUUCUUAAGAGCUCGUUGGACAGCUCAGGACUCUUGAAGUGAUAGCUAAUUGGUGAAAGAAAGGCCCUGAUUGUCUUGACCGAGCUGGAAAGUGCUGCGUGUGCUGCUGAAAGGGACUAGGGAGAAGGUGCCUGGUUUCGCUGAGCAGCUGCUGCUGGAGAUGUUUGGAGAUUACAUCAGCAUUGGAAAAGAGGGGCCAAAAAAAAAGUCCAACUUUACAGAGACGGAGUUUAUGGAGGUUUUUUCCCCCCUUCCAAAGGUCUUCUGACAAUACUGUCAUUGUCAAUAUAAGAGUUGUUAAUUCUUUAUGAAUAGCACAUGGGGCCUCUUGACUAAAUAGUACGUUACAUGUCCCAAAUCUGUCAGCUGGACUCUUCUCUCACAUGCUAGUGAGAUCACUUUGAUUGGAAUGUCAGAGGACUUGCUGGGCUGGCCGUGCAGAACUGAAUACUGCAUUAUAUAAUUAGAUCUCCCAGAGUAUUUAUUUUCACAUUACCUCUUUAUUCUAGCUUAAAUAUGGAAUCAUUCCUUUUGAUGACUUUACUGGUUGUAAUUAUAUUAAUACGAUUCAUUUUGUGGUCCUGUCUUAGUGCUUAUAUAGAUUAUAAACUGUCCCAAAGGUUUCCUGGCACAAAAAAAGAGGACUAAGAGACUUCAAAAGGCUCGUUCAGCUCUGAAUUGACAAUGGGGAGAGCUGGGUAAGGUAAAUGGAGCUAGAGCAGCUUUUACCUUGGGAUCUGAUGAGAGAGAAAUGACCUGCUGAGACUGCAGCUGAGUGAAGAUCCUUCAGAAAGCCUUAUGCUGACAGAGGGGAAGGAAUGUCAACUGAUUGAGUCAAAUGACUUCCUAUCCAACUUGGGCAUGAAUUUGCUGUUGGGAACAGACUUGUGGACUUCUGCCAAUUAAAUGAUGUGGACAAGCUGGAAGGAACCCUCUUGCUGGGCAGUCCAAGAGUGCUCAGUGUCCACAUGCCAUGCUGUGGGCUGGCAGGAGUGGAUUUUUACCUGGCUGGCUGAUUUGUUACCAAAUUCCUCAUGGCUCUUCCCAGCCAGUCAGCUCGGAAACUGACUGAAUGAUUUUAGCCAACCACACCCUGCCAAAUAUUCACAUUUCUUAGCAAGUGAUGUAUAUGAGUACCAGUACAAGGUGGAUACCACUGGAAUAACCUGCUCCAUGGAAGAAGAUCUGUGUCUCAGAGAUGGUCUGAUGGACUCUGGCUGCUCUUCAGCACCAGCAAUGGGUGGGGUGACGACAUGAGUGAGUUUUGAUACCAAAGCCCUGCAAGUGACCUUCGUGCCUAGCCUGAAACAAGCACCCUACUAGGACACUGGAGGAUUUAACUACUUGCCCAAGGACAAAGUAACUUGGGAUUUCUUGGUUUAACUUACCUGGCAAAAAGGAAGCAAAUUUUUUCAAAUGAAGUGUCCUUUUUAAAAUAGGUGUUGAAUAAAGUCAAAACCCCUAAAUCUUACUGCAGCUCUGUAAUACUGUCUUUUAAGAGCUGAAUUUUUUACAGUAAAUAUGGGAAAAUUGUAUUACCUUGCCCAAGAAAUGCACUAUCCUUGGCCUAGUCACUCUUUGAAAUUUUCUUUUAAAAAUCCUUUUUUUUUUUUCAUCAUUUUCUAUCUCAUGUGAAAGGGAUGAUUACCACUUCAUAUACUUAUUUUUAUAUCUCUCAGUAGCUCACGUGAUGAUAUCAGAGUUCAGCUAGGUAAAAGCAUACAGUAUUCUCAUACAGAGCUUCUGACCCAUUCAUGACUCACACACUCCUACAGGCUUGUCGUUAGUAAGUGCUCAUCAGCCCUUGUAAUUUUGUCUUUUAGAGCCUCCUAAAAAUCACACAUGAGAUCUGGUAUGUGCUUAGGUGGUGAAGCAGGGUAAAUGUCAGGCCAAUUGAUUUCAGCAUCAGAUUUUAUUAAUGGUGGAUGAUCAAUCUACAAAACAGCCUGUAAUGCUUGAAGGUGCAUGUCAUGAGCAUGAAAUCCUGCCAGGCAACAAUAAAUUAUAUGUAGAUGUAACUAA